UCGCAGGAGCCUGCUUUGCUGACACUGCGCCUCACUCGGGGGCCUGCUGCUGGCACGGAACUGGUCGUGCAGGCACCUGCACAGAUCCUCGGCCGCACCCGUGUUCCCCGCCAGCUCCAGAUCAAAGACCCCAAUGUAUCCGAGAGGCACGCCCAGAUAGCAUGGGACGGGAAGACCUGGACAGUACGUGAUCUUGGGAGCAGCAAUGGCACCACACUCAAUGGUCGUGCGCUGGAGCGUCAAGGAGAUGCGUGCCCGCUUCGCAAUGGCGACGUCAUUGGCUUUGGGGAUGAGACCGAGGCGGCAGCAGAGGUACUACCAGCGCCAGACGAGUCUCAGACGGUGGAGCACUACAUUCAGGCCGAGGCGGCUCGACUUGCUGAGAAAUUGAGG